AUGGCCAAGUGUACGCUUACUCCACUUGUCAAGUCAGUGCUGUUCCCUGACUGGGCCUACAAACCCGCCUGGUCCCCCGGCUCCAGGCAGGUCCAGCUCUGGCACUUCCUGUUGGAGCUGUUGGGCCGAGGUGAGGGUGGGGCCAUUGGAUGGGGAGGGGAGUGGGGAGAAUUCGUCAUCAGGGAUCCAGAGAGGCUGGCCAAGCUGUGGGGGGAACGGAAAGGCAAACCACACAUGAACUACGACAAGCUGAGCCGGGCACUGAGAUAUUACUACAACAAGAGAAUCCUGCACAAGACCAAAGGGAAAAGGUUCACCUACAAGUUCAACUUCAACAAACUCAUUCUGGUGAACUAUCCAGGAUACCCACCACCAGGACAUCAGCUGGUCCAGAACAGUUUUCCUCUCCUCUCUGCUGAGAGCGGCUUUCCACUAUGUGGAGGAACAGGGUCAGUGAUGGACAGAGCGGCUCAGCCUGUGGUCCACCCCUUCUUGCUCUCGUACUGCCUGCCCAAACCCAUCCCGACACCACGGGUUCUUCAAAGUACCUUCCCCUUCAUCUCCGCCCCUUCACAUCCCGGGGCCGACCUGAGAGAGCUGGACUCGGGCCUUCUUCCACCUCUGGCCUCGGCUCUCCAUGUGAGCUCACAUGGCUGGCCACAUAGGAACGCUGCAGGGUGGGAUCUGAACCACAUCAGUCAAAGUCUGUUUGGUGGUGGAGCAAAGCACACUCAAAGUCAAGGAGAAGAGAGGAGAGUGGGAGGUGAUGAACAGAUGGGGAAGUUGGAAUGA